AGCUGUUUGUGGAUUCAAAUUAACGCUGUGGCCGCAGAAAUGGAAUUGACGGCCUCAUAUUACGGGAAACUUGAUAAAAGAAACCCAGUUGUUUUAGCUUUUGAACGAGACAUCAACUCAUUUGUGACAGCGAUAAGGCGAGUCGCUUCUUCGAGCAGUCAAGAUGACGUCUCUUACGCGAAAGGGAUCAAAAUGCUGGUGGAGAUAUGGGAGAAGUACAAACCUCGACUGCCUUUGCACUUCUACCAGGAGCGCAUGUUGGACAUUGCAGAUUUUCUUUUUGGGAUAAAGUCAUAUCAGUUGGCUCUUUGGCAUGGUUACAGUCUCCAUCUUCUGCAGUUCAGUUUAGUUGAAAUAACUGAUAUCACAGAUGUGGACCACUACAUGGCCUGCUUCUUCCCUGACGGAUUUGAUACAGACCAAAAUAUCUUAACCAUGAAGAUCCGUGCCAUGCAAGGCUGGGCCCUAUGUAUAUUUGAGCAGGAAAGAAAGCACCCAGUCCUCAGCCAGAAGGGACUCAGCAAACUGCUUUGUGUGCUAAACUUCAUCAGGGUCAUGAUGCAGGCUUUUCAGGAACAUGAGCACCUCUGCUGGCACAUUUAUAAUGGUUCGUUACACAUCUACAACAUCUGUCGUUACCUGAUGACUAUGAAUUAUAGUGAACAGGCACUGGAGUAUCUCCUGUGGGCAAGCAUUAGCUUAGAGCUCUCCAUCCCUCUGAUGACUUCCAAGAAUCUGUCGUGGAUUGUUACACUCUAUUGUGCUGUCUGCCACUGUUACUACGACAUCCAGGCGGAGGUGCAGGCAGAGGAAUUUGCCAGGAGAGCCCUUGGAAAGAUCGAUGGGCUAGCAAAGAUGGAGGAGCAGAAUGAAGUCCCUGCCACCAGAGAGACCCAGAGAGCUUACAGGGAAGCCUCAAUCAAGCUGGCUGCCAUGAUUUUCAAGCGGGCUGUGUUUGAGGGCAGAAGGAGACCCAAAUCCAUGCUCAGAGUCAAAACCAAAAGCACCUUGAAGGACAUACCUAAUGCGCCAUGGCCUCGUACUACAACAGAGCGAGUGCUAAUGGGCCUGUUUGACAGCAGUGCAGCACAGUUUUUGGGGAUCUUGGAAGCACUUUGGGACAGCAACAAACGUCCACUGGAGACCAGGGUACCAGAUGAACCAGAGCUUCAGGAGGUGAUUCUGGAACUCCUGUCAGCUGGCAUCAGUAUAGUAUCUGGUUGGUAAAACAAACUCAUAACAAGAAAACACUGUCAGGAUAAAAUAAAGAGGACAUUUAAGAGCCUGACCCCAACAUCCACUCUGAUGGACUUAGCCAUUACAGGAGAAAACAAAGUACCCCUCAUUUCUGCGGUGCGGUUCAUUAAGCUGUUGUUUCAGUACAAGCAGCCAGAUACUUUCGCUGAACUUUCCAGAGAGAUGCUGCAGGUUUUGUCUAGUGUGGAAGGUCAGCCAUUCAGGAAGGCAGAGCUGGAACUUUCCCUACUUCACAAUUUCAACAGUGUGCUUUCGUCCCAGGGGAACCAUCCUAAAGGGGAAAACAUGAUUGAUGACAGACACAAGCAACAUUUCCAAAUGAGUGAUGAAUUUACUGACUUGGUGGACACCCUGCACAAGGCUGUUUGUGGCUCUGCACUUGAGGUGCAGCCAGAUGGGGACCUGGUUUUGGAUGCUGUGAUAUUUCUGUGGGAUCAAGUGAAGGUGGUGUUUCAGAUGGAUCAAAUGCAAAACCCUAAUUACCUUGAGAAGGUAGAUAAUUAUGAUAAGUGGCUGUGGUGUCUGUCCUUGCUGUUUGAGGUGGCAUUAUUCUGUGACCUUGCAGCUGUUGACUGCAUAAUGAUGGCAGAGAUGAUCCACACAUUGGCCAUACAGCUUGAGAGUGCAGCUGAACACAGUGGUCAAAACCAAAGUCAAGCUGCUUGUGAAUCACACGUUGAUGGUUUGAAGCAAAGAACUCUCUCUUUUUGUGAGAGUUCAAGCACAGAGCUGCUAAAGAAGGUGUGUGAUGUGGUGGUGAGGGGGCUUGAAGCUCUGGCGAAGGGUGUAGUUACACUGCUGCCCCAAGAUUGCUCAGCAGUCAUAGACUCUGCUUUCAUGCAGAAAUUCAGUCCCAAGCCUCCAUCAACCCCCUCCCCAUCUUUUCUGACAUCAUCAGAAGAGGUAAAUAAAGAAGAUGAAAGUAAGAUGGAGACAGAUGACGUGGAAGUUACAGGAGAGUCAUACACUGAAGUUCAUCAACACAUUCAAUCAACCCGUGUGUACCUGCAAAUCAAGGACCUUCAUCAUGAGCUAAACAUCAUCUACCACAGGGCUUUCCUCAAGUUACUGAGGCAAAAUGCAGUUGUGGAGUGUGAACACUUGGAUUGGAUUAAGAAGAACAAAGUGGCCAAAGCUCUUUUCCUGAUCCAGAAAGCCUUGGUGGUUUACAACAACAUGGAACCAGAUAACAGCAGCAAAACAAAGAGUCUGCUAGAGGAGGCCUCCACCAUGAUUGAUAAAGCAGGGUUGGAAGAGAGAAAACUGUAUUUGUCCACCACCCUUAAGACUUCAGCUGAAAACAAAGAAAAGGGGAUGAUGGGGGAAAAAGAAAGCUCUCCACCUCCUCCAGUCCUACUUGCACGCACAGACCGCUCUUUAACCUUUGCCCCGGCACCUUAUAAAUUAGAGGGACAAGUGUUCUGGUACCAGCUCUAUGGCCGGGCAGCUGAUAGCAUUAACCGGAAAGUCCGUCUUGGAGACGGCAGCCUUCCAGGAACAGGAAAUAUGAUACCAGCAGUAUCCGGUGAAUGUGUGCUGAAGGUGGAGGGGCUGGAGCCCAACCAGAAGUAUGUGUUUGCUGUUGCAGCUUACAACAGACAAGGCAAGUUACUGGGCAACACAAUUGGAGCAACAACAUUCCCACUGAUGGCAUCCAUGCCAAUACCACUACUUUCCUCUUUGGCCCACUUGGCACAGGUGGCAUUUCAAACAGAGCAAUAUGCCAUAGCAAAGAGAGCCUGCAUGGAACUAUGGAGCCACUUUACUUACCUCAACCCUGAGUCCCACAGCUCACAGGACAGACUUGCUGCCACAGGGCUGUGUGUCCAGACCCUGCAUUGCUCCUCUCCUCAACUGGUUCAGUUGUUCCUCACGUCAAUCUUCAUUGAGACAGAGAUCAAUAUUCAGCAGGGAUCACUCUACAGUGAAUCACUCAGUCAUAAUGGACCCUUUAUCUGGGAAAAGGAAGCCAGACUGGCAGAAUGUGAGCGAAUGCUGGUGGCCACAGAUGUUGCGUUGUGGUUAAAUGAUGGUGAUGCUGCUGUGCAAGCUGUGGUUGGCUGUUAUGGCCUCUUGGCACCUCUUAUCUUUCAUCAGAUCAAGUGUAACCAUGUAGUAGAGGUGCUCAAAAAAUGCUUGAUUGUUUUGGAGGAGAAUUCAGGUGUUCUUAAACAUAAAAGGACAGGCAACACCGCAGAGUCAUUCAUGCACAUGAUAGCCUGCAUUACCUACUACCUGUCGAAGACAUACCGUGUGCUCCAGGAUCCCCAGAUGGCUACUGUGAUGAUGGAUUGUGGUCGAAGGCUUCUCCAAGAGGUCUAUGAUUCCCAGAUACAGAACACCAGAUUCACAAAUGAGGCUCUGAAGGCACUGCAUUUGAAGAGCAAGGAAAGCAUCUCACCUGAAGCAGCUGUCUCUGCAGACAAUGAAAUUUUACGCGGUAGCAGUGAAGAUCCCACCAUAUUGUAUGAUCUAAUCUCUAACAGUCCAUUAAAGGAUGCCUACCAAGAGUGUAAGUGGGACACGUUCCUAUAUUUUUUCAAAACAAACUUAAUAAUAACUCAUUAUCAUUGGCUUCUAUGUUUUGUGUCUGCAUUUUUGAUAGUGACGAAGCUCAAACGCAAGGCAUAUUUUACUGAGUUUGCAGCAAUUCUUCUCCAGAGAACCAUGGAGGAAGGCAACCCCGACCUUGUGAUAAAGUGGGGGCAAAAUAUACUUGAAUUUCUUUCCAGGCGUGACGAGGUGCUGGGAUUGUCCAAAAAAUAUUUAGAGGGAAACAGCCAAAGUAACAAAAGAGGCAGUGCUCAGGCUGCAAAAGGAAAUGAAUCACCCCAGCAGAACAAGAUUACAACUUCUCACACUGACCCAAAAAAUAAAUUUAAGCAGAAAUUUCCAAAGCGUAUGCUGCAGAGAAUAAGAACUAACAGGGAGAUGCAGAUUGUGGAGAACCUUCUGACCAUGAUGUCAUCUGUGGUGAAACGCAGCAAGAAGCAACUUCAGCUGAGGAGCAUGUGCUGUGAGGAGAGAGUGUGGAGGGCUCAUCUCAAUUACUGCAUGGCUCAAGCUCAUUUAGCGCUUCUUUACCAGAGCCUGGACAAGCUGCAUGGAGAAGCGCUGCAGCACAGGUACAGCUACUUAAAUCCACUGAGCUUCUCUCUGGCCUACUCUGGUGUCCUGAUGCCCAGGAACUUACAGCAACAGCAGUCUCCCAAACAUGAGGAUGUCUCAGAGAAAGACCCCUCUCAUUCUGUUCUCAGGGACUAUGUGGCUGUACACAAAGACAAGAGCAAAGACAAAGCAGUGAGAGUUGAUGGCUCUAUCACAGAGGAGAGCUGUGAGGAUGGAGAGGACUCUUCUUUUACUGUAGAACAGCAGAUUGACAUCAACAGACUUGCAGCCACCUUGCAGUUGGACUCUCUAUACAAAACUGCUUUACAUCUACGAAGAUCCAUGGUAUUGGCCCAUCGUGGCAGCCACUGGACUUAUCUGCAGUAUGUGUGUCAGAGUGUGUGGGACCAAAGUUGUAGAAUCAGUGACUUAAUGCAGAAAGCUGCACAGCUUGAACCUCCCUCCACUGUCACAGCAGACCAGCUGAAUACCACAUUUACUCCACUACUGGUGCUAUCUACUGAUCUCAUCAUUGACAUGCUGAAUAGACUUGGGCUGUGGAGUUUGUAUGACAGUGAUCAAACUGAGGAUGAACUAGAGUCCAGUCUGCACUUCUCAGCAACACUGGAUGACAGCACACAUGUGGACCUGCGUUGGGUUCGCACCUUGGUGUUCCACACUCUGGAACGUCUUCAUGAAAAUGGCAAAUGGGAAAGCCUAGCCCACUUUGCCUUAGUUUACAACUUCUACACAAGGGAACGUUAUGCCUCGGUAGUAACUCCUCUACUAGUCCAUGCUCAGAGAAGGCUGCUCGAAAGGAUUAGUUCUUUUGGAGGACCUGCUGUUCCUCAACCACACCAUGUCAAGACAAAGAAGGCCACCGGCAAGGAGAUAACUUGUAGGAGCUAUGCCACUUGCCAGCUUCUCACUGGAUCGAAGCCUCAUCCUUCACAGCAACCGGCCCUUCGCAAAAAAGCAGCAGUAACAAACUCCACUCCUCGAGAGGCAGUGGACAUUAAAGGUGCGGAGAUGAAGCACUCCAUGUCCCUCGUUUGCAUUCCCCUGGAUGUAGAAGACACACUGAGCUGUUACCGUGAAGCUCUUGAGAGAAGACCACAUUGUCUCCAGGUCUUCCAGCAUAGUCGUUCAUUGGGGCUGCAGCUUCUGGCUUACACACAGCCCUGUUUUUCCACACUGUCAAGGCCCUGUCAGAGCAGAAAUCUGAGCCAUUCUGCAAGUCUGGUUGAUUUCAGUCCUGUAGUUAUGCCAGCUCCAAACAUCGAACCUUGCGACCUGACAGAGGAAGACUACAGUUCUUCAAAUGCUCUCUACAGGCUCCCUAUCAGCCCUGACCAGAUGCUGACUGUCACUGCUGCAUACUCCACCUCCAUAAAGUAUCUCCAGGCAAACGCUCAUGACUCCCUCAGAGUCCUGGCACUGCAUGAAAUGGGAAACCUGCAGUUCUUCAAUGGAAACACACGGGCAGCACACUCAUACUGGAGGAAAGCCAUAGAUUGUGCCUUACAGAGCUCAGGCACUGUAGAGAAAUGGGAUGGUGUGUCCUUUGGGGGUGGCUCCCUUCAACAAAUGAUGAAACAUGCUGGCAUAUGGGGAUGUCUUCAGGCUGCUGUUCUUGCUGCAAAAAUUGCACAGUAUAUCUUAACUUCUGAUGUCAGCCAGAGAACCAAAUGCUGUCUCCUGUCCGCCCACCUCUUCAAGUGUGUGCUACUUUGCUCCUUAGCCCAGCCUCAGGCUGACCUCCAGUAUGCCAAUCACAGCAUUGGAGAUGAACUGCUUCCUGGAGUUGACCUAUUCUCCGAGCCCCACAGGCUUCACCUUGGCACCACUGUGGCAAGCCUAAACUUUAUUUGCUGCUGGCUUUUCACCACAGGAUACCACAUCACGUUACUGCCAAUACUAGCUCUAUACCAACAUUUUGUGGGGACUGUGUGCAGAGAUGUGCAGCGCACUGUUGAGGCAAAAAUACUUAAGAUACGUACCCUUUCUGAGCUCUGUCUGUUCACUGAAGCUGUAAAAGAGUCAGUUCAACUAAUACAAGGAACUGGGGUUCUUCUGCCGUAUGGACAGUACAUUGCCAAAAACAAUCUCCAGCCUGUGAAGACAUUCUACACCAACAGGUCUCUCUUGGACAAUGCUGAGGCUUUGGAAGAACUACUCAACACUGAGUUGGCUCCGGAGGUCUGCAAGGUGUAUGGCUCCACAUUGUGCCUUCGUUCUAACCUUGCUCGUAUUCAACUUGUCCUGGCCCUCAGUAACACUGUACACGGUACUCCAGUGCCAGGAGAAGCUGGUGGAAACUUGAGAUCAGAAAAUACAAAACAAAGUGAAGAGGUCAAACAAGAUGAUGAGGGCUCUUUUUUACAGACGAAAGAGCCGAAUGUUCUUACUCUUGAAAUCCAAAAGGAGAAGCUCAGUUUGGAGGGGAUUAAGUUUCUUUUGCUAGAAGGAGCGUCCUCCUUGCUGCACUCUGUUGAGCAGCAGCUCUCACCUCAGUGCUGUAGUAAAAUGGAGAAACUAGAACUGAAAAUCGAGAUCAAUCUUCUAAAGGCCAACCUUUACCUGCAACAAGGACAUUCUGCACUUAGUUCUGUGAUGAGUGUGUCUUCCUUGAUGCUGCUGCAGAAAGCUCCUGUAAUCAUAAGUGGAUCUUUACCUGGCUCUCAGCAACCCAUAUCUGAGCACCAAAAUGCCAAGACUGGAAGUAAACAGGGUGCUCAAGACUGCAGAGUGCCAAUCUACCUGGAGGGAGAUUGUCCCAGAGCUGUUGAGGCCAGUGAGAGAAUUGGAGUUCCCCUCUGGCUGCUCUGUCGCCUUGCUCUGGUCCGUAGCCUGGCAGCACACAACCCUGAUACCAGGUCCCUUUUGCCCGGUAAGAAUAUUAAUGAGGAGAUAGCUCAGACCUUGCAGGAGGGUCUUGAUGAAUGUGAACGAUGGGGAGAUCUUGAUAUUCAAGCUGUUUUGAUGGUUGAGGGUGCAAACUUGGAGGCACAGAGGGGCAGAACUGAUGAAAGCAUGGCAUUGCUACAGGAAGCUGUCAGCCUGCUCUCAGGACGGUCCUGUAUGCCACCAAAGUCAAGUGUGACUCUUGCCCGGGCCACUUUACUACUCAGCAACCUGAGAGGGAUGCACAGCACCACACUUCUGCAACUUACCCAGAAACUACUGAAAAAGCAGCUGUGUAUUUUUGGAGAGAAUGUGGUGUUGGAAGGUGGAAAAAUUUGUUUUUCUCCUCCUGGACCCAUCAACAUCUACCUACCCUACCUCAACUUACUGGAUCAGGCCACUUUGCAAAUUGGUAACAUCCAUAAUCUUGGCGCGAUGGAAACAUCACUUGCUGCUCAGUCCUUGCAAUCUAGUUCCAAGAAGCAAUCCCAUUGUUCAAACAAGAAUGAAAAAUAGUGUCAAGAUCCCAUUCCAUCUCUGAGCAACUUAAGCAUCUCUGGUCCUAUAAGCCCCCAAUGCUCAGACAGAUAGCCAUACAAUUACACCUUAAGUGAUGCAAUUUUCUCUGUUCUUUCCCUGUUCUGUGCCUACUGAGAAAGCUAGCUGGAUGCUUAAGGUCAUGUUAGUCAGUUGUUUGUUGGCUGAAGAGAGACAUAUGUUGUGGCCAACCUGAUGCAAUAAUUAUAAUAUCUAUAAACUGUGAUUAAUAAACAAAUUAUGAAUUAAGUACUGCAUUUUUUUACAGACAUGAAUGUAUAUUUGUAAAAACCAAUCGUAAUCAAUUGCAUAAUAGUUGCAGAAUGAGAGACUGAACAAUUGUUACAUGAGUUUGCUUACUAUGUGAUAUCAGUUUGUGGAAGUUGUUAUUGUUAAGGAUUAUAACCUUUUGAACUGAUGGACAAACAAGACCAACAUCAAUGAAAUCCAUAUCCUCUUUUUCUGUUUAUUUUGUUAAAAACUCACUAUUCAAAACGUACAAGUCAGUUGACAAAGUGGAGCAGAAACAAGUUAACACAUGAUAGUGUUUAUUGAGGAAAAUUCAGGUUAAGAAAUUUAGACAGGUUAAACAACCAUGUGUGAAUAAUAUGCAGGAGUUGUACCAUGCUCAUACUACGGUUUCUUCAAGUACAAGCAUUGACAUGUUAGUAAAUUCGAGACAUAUCUGGUUUCUUUCAAGAAUCUGUAUGAGGUUGGUACAUUAUAUUAUGCUUAACAGUCGUGCACAAAUGGUGUCUGACCUUGUAGACAUAACAAUAUAAAUAUACAGUGAAGACUGGACAACUUGCCAAGCUCACAAAUGUUAGCACAAUUAUUAAGAAACAACACUUAUGUGGUUUUAUAGACUGAAGAAAUACCAGCAAUAACUCAGAAAAUACAUCAAAUGCAGUUCAAGGCUUUACCCUUUUGUAAUCCAAUGCUUGCGAGUAAGUUUCAUUGACUUUAAUCCAUUAUUUUUUCAUGUAAUAUUAUGAACUGUAUAGUCACUCUGAUCACUAUGGACAUCAGUGACCAGCAAAUAAACCAUUUAGCAGGAAGCAUUUCGAAAAUUGGAUUAUGC